AUGGAACAAAGGAUUAAUGUGACCGAGUUUGUCCUCUUAGGGCUCACUCAGAGCCUCCAGGGUCAGAAAAUAUUGUUUGUUGUUUUCCUGUUCAUUUACAUUGUGACAAUGGUGGGCAACCUACUCAUUGUUGUGACUGUGGUGGUCAGCUCAAUUCUGGAUGCCCACAUGUACUUCUUUCUUGGAUACUUAUCAUUCAUGGAUGCUGUUUAUUCUACAACGGUUACCCCAAACAUGAUUAUAGACUUAUUCUAUGAGAAGAAAACUAUUUCCUUUCAAGCUUGUAUGACCCAGCUUUUUAUAGGACACUUAUUUGGUGGUGCUGAGAUUUUACUUCUGCUGGUCAUGGCCUAUGACUGCUACGUGGCCAUCUGCAAACCCCUGCAUAAUAUGACAAUUAUGAAUCAAUGGAACUGUGUUCUGCUCCUGCUGGCUUGUGUUGGUGGUUUUGUGCAUGCUGUAGUUCAUCUUCUUUUUGUUUAUGACCUUCCCUUCUGUGGCCAUAAUGUCAUCAACCACUUCAUCUGUGACAGGUAUCCCUUAUUAAAACUUGCCUGCACUGACACCUACAUCAUUGGUCUCACUGUGGUUGCCAAUGAUGGGGCGAUCUGUAUAGUCAUCUUUAUGCUCUUACUUGUCUCUUAUGGGGUCAUUCUGCACUCCCUGAAGAAACUUAGUCAGGAAGGGAGGCGCAAAGCCUUAUCCACCUGUGGUUCCCUUGUCACUGUAGUGGUCCUUUACUUUGUCCCCUGCAUUUUUAUGUAUGCUAGACCUCCUUCUACCUUACACAUUGAUAAAUCCUUGACUGUGUUUUACACUGUUAUUACCCCUGUGUUGAACCCCUUAAUCUAUACCUUGAGAAAUGCGGAGAUAAAAAAUGCCAUGAAGAAGCUCUGGACCAGAAAAGGACAUGAGAUGGCAGAGAAAUGCGGCAUUUAUUUUUAG